CUUCCUUUGCCAUCUAUCCAUCAGAGAAUCAGCAUUCAACAUUCUAAAUUCUAAAGAUUUCUUCCUUUGAUUUUUCACUAGAAAAGAAUACUUCCAAGCAACAAAAUGAUCAGUGCAAAGAAGCUCGUUAAACUGGCAAAGAAAUGGCAGAAGCUGGCUGCUCUGAGGCGUAAAAGAAUUGCUUUGCCACAAAUGGAGACAAGCAGUUGUAGCGCAUCAGAAAUGGCUGAUAAGGGCCAUUUUGUUGUGUACUCAGCAGAUCAGAAACGCUUUUUGCUUCCUCUGAAUUAUCUUAACAAUAAGAUUGUCAGAGAACUACUCAAACUGGCAGAAGAGGAAUUUGGACUACCUACCGAUGGGCCUCUCACAUUGCCCUGCGAUGCAGAGCUUAUAGAAUAUGUGAUUGCUUUAAUCAAACAGGGAAUCGCAAGAGAUUUAGAGAAGGCAUUAUUGGUGUCCAUAUCCAUCAGUAGCUGCUCAAUGUUUUCGGAUCUCCAUCAUCAAGUAACAGACCAUCAAUUACCAAUCUGUAGCUUCUGAAGAGUGGAAUUAGAAUUGUAGACACUGUAUAAAUUGAUACAAGUAUAAAUUGAUAAAUUUUAUAGAA